AUGACCGCCGCUGCUGCCCACGAGGGCGAUAUCGUGCCCACGACAUGCUCAGAAACUAUAGAGCAUGAAGACGGACCACGCGCUCCAACACCGUCGUCUCCGUGCCUGCUCCAAGGUACUGCAUGUGGAGCGGCAGGUGAGGAUCAAGACGAGGUAAUAUUCAUUCCCUCUGAUUCGGAGUCGGAGUCGGAGUCGGACAGCGAAGCAGACGAGGACGUUCCGUCUUUCAAGGCUACGAAUGCGCUCAUUGACAAGGAGACUACGGUACAGCUUCACAGCACCUCGCCAGCAUCGACGAUGACAACUGUGCCCAACACACCACGAGCCGUUGCCUCAGGUCUUGAAGUGGAUAACGACUUGAACGGAGCUGUACAACACUCAAUUUCUCCUGUAUCUCUCACCACGGUUUCCCGAAGGCAAGAGCCCAGGGAUGGGCUAAACUCCAGUCGGUGCCCACCGAGUCUAUCCGCCGCCGAGGUAGCUGAGCAGGAUCAGGGGCAGGUAGAGGACGCAAAUGAGUCAGUGUCGAGUCAUUGUGGCCAUCAUGAAGCGGACGACCGUGCCGAGCUGCCGCGGCAGAUUCAGCCACAUGAGAGUGCCAGCCAGAACGUUCUAGCCUGUAACGACGCCGACGGCCACACCACCGAUGUUGGCGGCUGCGACAGCUCCCGCGAUGCCGACAGUGACAACAGCAGCGACAGCUCCGGCGGCAGUGACGGCAACGGCGAUGGCGAUGAUGAUGACGAUGACAGAAGCUCCCGCGAUACCGACGAGGAGGAUGGCGGGCACAGCAAAAACCGUGGGACGGCCCGCUCGCCUUCGGUGAACAAUUCUGACAAUGGCCAUGCUGACGACCCUCCCGAUGACAAUACAGAGGAGCCCUCUCCUAGGCCACACAAACGCCAGAAAGUCACCCAUGACAGAAAAGAGCCUGCCCGUCACCAGAACUCUUUGCCUCGCUCUGCAGGACGCGCGUCGCGAUCGCCUGGACGGCCCCAGACAGCCAGCAUGCUCAGCCCACCGGCCUCUCACAGCCUGUCCGAAUCUGAAAGCGAUGAGGUUUCGGAUUGCAGCAAGGCGUCAGCAGCAUCCUUCGGCGAGUGGCUGUUGAAAAACGCCGCAUUAAAAUGCGUGACCAUUGAUGGGGUUACCACGUAUCAACUGCAGUUCCAACGAGCGCAGGCGCAUUCUUCUAGCCGACGGCGAGAGACGCGACCGCAAGGACUAGCCAAGAGCAACAAAGGAGGAGGUCGAAAGCCAAGGGAUGAGACGAAAGGCCGGCUGUGUGAUCGCAGCCACUUCUUGCGAGUAUGCCGUCGUUUCCUUAAUCUCUUGAUCUACGACUACCACCGAUACGAUAAGUAUGGUCGGACGCUUCUGAUCACGGCAGCCGCUCUGGGACAUGUGAAGUCGGUUACAGACCUGCUUCUAGCGGGCAUCGAUACGGGCCACAAGGACUACUCUGACAAGACGGUACUGCUAUGCGCGGCUGGAGCAGGAGUCUCAGCAUAA